ACUCGCUGGCUCUAAGGCCCGCUCGCGGAGCGGCCGUUCUCGGGGGGUGGAGCUGCUCACUUUGAUUCUUCAAAGCCUACUCCUUCUUGGGGUCAUGACUGAAGAUUCCUGUCCCUUUUGACAGCCAAAAACGAGAGAAGAGUGGGAGACAACGUAACCAGGGCGACGUCCCUGGGCACCCUGCGGGGCAGCUCACCUUGAGGAAUAGCUUUGCCUGCCACUUCUGUUAAGCAGCCCCUCCUGUGGAAGAGGCCCAUUAUGCAGCCACCGUCCCAGGGGGUUGUACCUGGUGUGGCUGGCCCCCCUCCUGCUGGGACUCCUCGGAGCAUGUUCUGGGGUAGCAGCGGCUACAGGAAGCUGGCCAGUAGCAGUGCCCCAGUGGCUCCUCCUUGCUCCCUGCAACCAGUCACAGAUCCCUUUGCUUUUAGCAGACAGAUGCGCCAAAACAACCCCCUGGAUGCUUUGUCCAGGAGCAGCCUGCCUGCCAGCAAUGAUCCAGCCCUGCCAGUGUUCUCUCAGUGGCCUGGCUUGCCUGUGCCUCAGGUCAGUGCAAGGGAGAGCACCCAAGGACCCCCGGAGCCUCUGGCAGGACCUCUGUCACAGCCCAACGCAGAUCAGUUUUCUGGCGCAUCUGUCCCUCCUACACUGCCAGGGCACGAGAUGGGCCAGAGCGCUGAAGUCAGUUCUAGCUCAGGACCUGAAGUUCUGACUGCUCCGCUGCAUCCAGCCCACUACAUUCCAGGAGAUGGUGCUGACCAGUCCUCUGGGGGCCAAAGGCAUGGGAGUGGGCCUGACCAGGCCCUGAGCAGACACGCUCUGAGGGACAGUGUAGUGGCUCCGGCAGCAGUGGCUGCAGCAGCAUCCUCGUUCUUCUCCCAGCCUCGGCCACGGAUGCCGGCACAGUGGGGCCCAGCGCAGGGCAGCCUGCAGCCCUCCCAGCAGGGUCACUCACCCAGCCCAGAAGGACCUGUUCAGAGUGUGGGGCCUCAGGCCACCAGCACUCACCACUUUCCUGCCUCGUCAAGCCUGCACCACAGCCCUGGCUAUGAGCUCCAUGCCCAGCUAGUGUCUCCUCCGGCCCCUUUGGCCAGUGGUAGAGGAAGUGAGGUGGCCCCCUUGCAAAGUGGAAACCACUCAGUAGGUGACUUUCACCAUGAAAAUUCAUUCGGGCACAAUCCCAGGAUCGGGAAUAUGUGGGAAAGCCAGGAAUUCAUGCAGAAUCCAGGAGUGAAAGAGCAUUUCCAGGACCCUGCCCCUGGGAAUUCCCUUACUCAGGGAAAUAGUCCUGAAAACCAAGUCCACUACCCCUCAGGGGCUGGGAGUAACCAAGCCCCCACAGAAACAGCCUCAGGGGCACUCUCCAUGUUUUUCCAAGGAGAAGAGACCGAAAAUGAGGAGAACCUCUCGUCUGAAAAGGCAGAGUCAGCUGGCUGCCUGGACUUAGAUGGUUUCUCCCCCAGCCCUGGACCGGGCCAUUCGCUUCGCCCUGUACAUGGUGCUGGCAUCGUCCACCAGGCCUUUCCUCCAGGUUCCCACAGUGAGACCACGCAGCAGAAAGGAGGCACACAGCCUUAUUUCUCUCAGUCUGCAGGCUUCCAGAGUGAUAACCAGACCACUAACAGUGCUGCUGGUGACGCUUGGGGUGACACAGCAGGGCUUUGUGAUGCUGGUGGCUCACAGUAUGAGAAUGUCGAAAAUUUAGAGUUCAUCCAGAAUCAAGAAGUUCUGCCAGCUGAACCCCUAAUUUUGGAUGCUCCCUCCCCAAAUGAUCAAUUCCGAUAUGGACUCCUGCCUGGGCCACCUGUCUCCAGGCAUGGUACCAUAGGCGUCACCCGAGGUGGGGCACUGAAUCUCGAGGCCCCGGACACACCCGUGCACCCAGUUCGAUCUGACAGCAUGUCAUCCAGCUACAGCGGCCAGAGCCACAGGAGCCUUUCUGGGUCAGCCAGGUCCCAGGAGCCGGUGGGCACCUUCAUCCAGCAGGAAGUGGGAAAGCCUGAAGAAGACGCGACAGGCAGUUUUUUUAAGCAAAUUUAUUCUUCCCCUGUGGGAGGCGAUUCAGAGGAGAUCAGUGGGAGCCAGAAUUACUAUAGCACCUUGUCCCAGCCCUCCACCCCGAGCCCCCCGAAACCUACAGGGACAUUCCAGGCAAGUGCAAAUAGUUCUUUUGAGCCAGUAAAAUCGCACUCUGUUGAGGUGAAGCCGGUUGAGGUGGAUCAAGCCAACAUGGUGGGUGAAGUGAGGGGCACCCAUGAGCAGGCCAAGAAGUGCAGACCUGUGGCCGUACCACCCAACGCCUCCCCAGGCAACUUGGAGCAGCCACCAGACAACAUGGAGACACUGUUUGCACCCCAGGCCUGCUCCCCACCUCUUCCUCCCACUGUGGAAGCUAUACACACAGCAGCACCUCCCUUGGAUACGGUGCGCUCAACUCCAGAGAAGAGACCCUUUGCCAGGGCUCAGGGGUCUGUGAAGUGUGAGAGCCCCGCAACGACCCUCUGGGCGCAAAACGAGCUGCCAGACUUUGGUGGCAACGUGCUCCUCGCCCCCGCUGCUCCUGCACUUUAUGUACCUGCAAAGCCUCAGCCAUUGGCAGUUGUUCAGCCUCCAAAAGAGGGGUUGCCUGGGCAGCCAUCUCGCAAGCCUGCCCCUGCCCACCCCUUGCAAAGCCAAGCUCUGCCGAGCACUUCUGAGAACCUUGAGAACCCUCCCAAGGUGGGUGGCAGUGAAGCCCUUCAGUCCCAGGCAAGUUCCAGUUAUGCAAGUUUGCUGUCCUCACCACCCACUGAAGCUUUGCAAAAUCAGCCAGUCUUGAUUGCCCAGCCUGACCAGAGCUAUAAUUUGGCUCAGCCCCUUAAUUUUUCUGUGUCUUUGCUGAAUCUUGCGGAGAAGAAUCAGUGCUGGGGAGAUGCUCUGGUGGGGGACAGAUCCACAGCGAGCAGCCAGGCUCUCAGCGCAGAUUCUGGUGACCAUGCUGCUUUGUCUGGGGUUGUGCCCAGUGCUGCGGUUGGCUUGUCUUUGCCCAACAGUGUCAGCCAGAGUAGUGUCCCACAGGGGUCUAGCUCUUCUGAAAUGGGUUCUAAUCAGCCCGCUAAUUUGCUUGUGCAGCCGCUGUCCCUCCCAGUCCCUAAGGGCUUGCUUCCAGAAAGGCAGAAGACUCAUAAUUCAGAAAAGCUUCCCGAGUUUGUUAGUAGCCCUGCUGGAGGCACUGGUGUGGUGUUAGUUCCCCCAGCAAGCAGUACCUCAGUGCCUAGUAGCACGAAGGCAAAUUACUCCAGCAACCAGGAAGAAGCCUCUGGAGCCUUAGACUUUACGCUGAGUAGAACUUUGGAAAAUCCUUCAAGACUGUACAGCCCAUUCCAUGUGGAGGGCCCGGCCGCCCAGCAGGCUGCCACCAGUCCUUCCAGACAGUCAGGGGUUGGGGUGCAUGACCCAGGCCAUUUCUACCAGCAGGUAAGGGAAGAUGACCAGGACCAUCGAGGCCUCGGAACCCAGGCAGAGGCGGCGCCCCCUCAGCCGCAGGCUUCUCCCCCACAGAUGCCCCAAGCAGCUUCAGAUGCAGAGAGUCCCCCCACACAAGGGCCGUCCCAGAACUUGGUCCAGCCACCAGCCAGUUCAGCCCUGGCCAAUGCAGGCCAGAAGCCGCUGCCUCAGCCCCCUCAGUCUACUUCUGGUGCGUCGGCUGUGUCUGCAAACUCCAGCCAGGCAGCGGUGCGGCCCGAGCAGCCGUGGCUUCAGCCUCCACCGUUGAGUGCAUUUGGCCCUCCGCCUCAGGACCUGGCAUCCUACUACUAUUACAGACCUCCAUAUGAUGCCUACCCAGCCCAGUACCCAGUGCCGUACUCAUCGGAACCUGGCUCAGCCUCCCUGUCCUACCAGGAUAUCUAUGCCCUCUAUGAUCACCGGUACAGGUCCUAUGACAGCUCUGCGCCAGCGUAUGCCGAGAACUACCGCUGUUCUGAGCCGGAGCGGCCCAGCUCUCGGGCGAGUCACUGCUCGGACCGACCCCCUGCCAGGCCGGGGUACCCCGAUGGGCACUAUGGUUCCAAGAGUGGAUGGAGCAGCCAGAGCGAUUACUACGCGAGCUAUUACUCCGGCCAGUACGACUAUGGAGACCCGGGCCGCUGGGACCGCUACUAUGGCUCUCGGUUCCGUGACCCCCGCACCUGGGACCGGAGAUACUGGUAUGACGCUGAUUAUGACCCGCAUAGGAAGGAGAGCUAUGCCUACAGCGGCAGGCCUGAGAAGGGCGACGACCACUGGAGGUACGACCCUCGCUUCACUGGGAGCUUUGAUGAGGACACAGAACCGCACCGUGACCCCUACGGGGAGGAGGCAGACAGGCGCAGUGAGCACAGUGAGCAUUCGGCCCAGAGUUUGCACAGCGCACACAGCCUGCACAGCCGGCGCAGCAGCCUCAGCUCCCACUCGCAUCAGAGUCAGAUCUACAGAAGCCAUAAUGCAGCCACCGGCUCCUUCCAUGGGGACUUCACCUAUGGUGCCUACAGCAGCAACUUCAGUGGCACUCAUGGCUUUGCAGACUACGGUUACCCUGUGGACGCCUGGCCCUCUGCAGAGCAAGUUCCGUCAAGACCGACGUCUCCUGAGAAGUUCUCAGUGCCACAUCUGUGUGCCAGGUUUGGUCCCGGCGGUCAGCUCAUCAAGGUCAUCCCUAACCUGCCCUCAGAAGGACAGCCCGCCCUGGUGGAGAUCCACAGCAUGGAGAUCCUGCUGCAGCACACGCCAGAGCAAGAGGAGCUGCGCACAUUCCCAGGGCCCCUGGGAAAAGAUGACACCCACAAAGUGGAUGUCAUUAACUUUGCACAGAACAAAGCUACCAAGUGUUUGCAGAAUGACAGUCUGCUUGACAAAGCUUCUGCGAGUCUGCUGUGGAACUUCAUCAUCCUGCUGUGCCGGCAGAAUGGGACUGUGGUGGGAACAGACAUUGCGGAGCUCUUGCUGCGGGACCACAGGACAGUGUGGCUUCCUGGGAAGUCGCCCAGUGAGGCAAACCUGAUCGAUUUUACCAAUGAGCCUGUGGAGCAGGUGGAGGAGGAGGAGUCUGGCGAGGCCCAGCUGUCUUUCCUUAUGGAUAGUCAAGUGGCCGCCACCUGCACUCUGGAGAAGGAGACCGAGAGGUUCCGGGAGCUGCUGCUAUACGGCCGCAAGAAGGACGCGUUGGAGUCUGCCAUGAAGCACGGCUUGUGGGGCCAUGCCCUGCUUCUGGCCAGCAAGAUGGACAGCCGGACACAUGCUCGUGUCAUGACCAGGUUUGCCAACAGCCUUCCCAUCAACGACCCUCUGCAGACAGUCUACCAGCUCAUGUCCGGGCGCAUGCCUGCCGCAUCCAUGUGCUGUGGAGAUGAGAAGUGGGGGGACUGGAGGCCGCACCUUGCCAUGGUUCUGUCCAACCUGAGCAACAAUGUGGAUGUGGAGUCCCGGACCAUGGUCACAAUGGGCGACACCUUAGCCUCCAAAGGCCUCCUGGAUGCCGCGCACUUUUGCUACCUCAUGGCCCAGGUUGGCUUUGGGGUGUACACGAAGAAAACCACGAAGCUCGUCCUAAUCGGCGCGAAUCACAGCUUGCCAUUUUUGAAGUUUGCUACCAAUGAAGCCAUUCAGCGGACAGAAGCCUAUGAAUACGCACAGUCCCUUGGGGCCCAGACCUGCCCCUUACCAAGUUUCCAGGUAUUUAAGUUCAUCUACGCCUGCCGCCUGGCCGAGGCGGGACUCGCCACCCAGGCCUUUCACUACUGUGAAGUGAUCGCAAAGAGCAUCCUGACGCAGCCCGAUGCCUUCUCGCCAGUGCUGCUCGGCCAGCUGGUCCAGAUGGCUUCCCAGCUGCGCCUCUUUGACCCUCAGCUGAAGGAGAAGCCUGAGGAAGAGUCUUUACUGGAGCCUGUGUGGCUGGUCCAGCUGCGGCACGUGCACAGGCAGAUCCAGGAGGGCACUGUACCCUGCAGCCAGGAUGGAGCUGAGCCCCAGCAGUGUCCCAGCACACUGGGCUCUGAGGCGGAGCAGCUGGACGGCCCUGGAUUCAGCCAGCUGGUGGGGCUGGGGGCUGAGCCCUCCCCACUGUCUGGGCCAGAGCACCUGAGCCCAGGCGGGCAGCCACCACUCACAGCUUCGCAGGCUCUCUCUGGUGGCCAGCCACCCCACCCUGCUAGGGUGCCAAUGUUCCCAGUGUCAUCGCCCUUGGGCACUCUGGAGCCAGGUCCUGGCUAUGGACCCCCAGGGUCUGCACUUGGCUUCCCAGAGCUCCUUAGGCCUGAUCCUGUAGCUCUGUACCCAGGACCAGGCCUGCCACCUGGCACCCCGUCUCUGCAGGACAAUGGCCCCCUGCUACUGGCCCGGAGUCCCGACCCAGCAGGGACGGCGCCGCAGGAGUCACCUGUCAGGAACUCACUCCCCGAGCCCAGUGAAGAGGAUCUUGGAAAUUUUGCUAAUCUGGAGCCUCAGGAGAGCCAGUCCCAUGCUGUCUUGGGACAGGGCUCCCCGAGGACGGCCCAGGACCUGGAGAAGCCCCCAGCCUGGGACAGUGUGGGCCCAGGAUCGCCAAAGCCUGCUCCGCCUCUGAUGUCUGUGUCUGAAGUCAAGAGAGCAGCCCCAGCCCCCAUGAAAGAGACCAAAGAAGCCAAGAAGAGUGAGUCCUGGUUUACGCGCUGGCUCCCGGGGAAGAGGAGGACGGAGGCAUACCUGCCGGAUGACAAGAAUAAAUCGAUCGUUUGGGAUGAAAAGAAAAACCAGUGGGUGAACUUAAACGAGCCGGAAGAGGAGAAGAAGGCUCCACCCCCGCCUCCCACAGUGUUUCCCAGGGCCCCCCAGGGGGCUCCCCCUGGGACCGGCGGGGCCCCCGCUGCCUCAGUGAAUGUGUUUUCCAGGAAAGCAGCAGGCGGUUCCAGAGCGCGCUACGUGGACGUCUUGAACCCAGGCGGGCCCCAGCGCAGUGAGCCCACGCUUGCUCCUGCAGACUUCUUUGCUCCCCUCGCCCCACUGCCGAUCCCUCCUAACUUGUUUGUACCAAACCCAGACGCAGAGGAGCCGCAGCUAGCCGACGAGGCUGGCAGUGGGGGCCAAGUGCCAGCUGGGGCACAGGCCGAUCUGGAGCCCACAGAGGACCCCAAGGUGUUGAGCUCGGCAGCAUUGCCCCCUGGUCUUGAGCUCCUGCCCUCCAGACUGGACAGCACUCAGGGUGGAGAGCUGUCACGCUGGAGCUCGGUGAGCUCGCUGUCCCGGGAAGUGGGCCAGCACUUCCAGCAGGCUCCCAGUGACCUCCGUGCUGCAGGGGCUCCUUCCAGCAGGGGCAUGCCCCUCUACAGCCACACUCAGGUGGCCCAGGCCUCCACCAGCUCAGGGAGCCCACGGCCCGGGAGGAUUGGCCAACGGAGGCACCCGGCACUCAGUUAGCACGGUCCGUCAUCUGCCUUGCCUUGUGGUUGGGCCCCUGAAGUGACUGCUGUUUGCCAGGAGCCAGGCAGGCGGCUCAGGGUCGUGUGGCCCCCGAGUGGACACUGCAGGGACUCAGCCAGCCGGUCAUACUGUGCGCCUCCCUCCCCCAACCUGUCUGUACUCGCUAUUGCAAGGUUAAUUCCACUGGCCUUUUCGGAUACUGAGUGCGCGACUGUGACUCGGACUUCUUCACGUGAAGGAUGGUCUCCUUCCUCAGUUGUCUAGGAUGACUUAGGGACGUGGUUCUCACAGACACCUUGGGAUAGUCCUCAAGGGCAGCCUGGGCCUGGCGCGGUCCCGCACCUCCUCCUAGGGUCUCGGGAGGAAAGAGCACCAAGAGUGGCUGGGCUGACCACUGCGCUCCCAUGGUUGGCAGCAGCUGGCCCAGCUGUCUGUCUCUGGGAACAGAGACCCGUGCUGCCUAACUAGGGCCAGGCAGCUCCAGGUGUCUAAGUGAGGGUGUGGCAUUGUCUGCUGCAGCAUCGGGAGCUUGAGCAGCUGCUCUGGCUCCCUCCCAGGCCCAGCCUGCAGGUGCCUGUCCUGGAGGCCCAGAGGAGCGCGGGCAGAGCGCAGAGCUGCAGGGCAGCGCCACCAGGCCCCAGGCUGCUCGUAAAACUUCUCACUGACUACAGGACUGAGGACAUUUAUGAAAUCAGUAGGUAAUAAUUAGGUUCUGCGGGGGAUGGUGUCAACGGUUUGUUUGGUAUUUGAAGUAGAGCAGCGGUAGAAUGUGAAUUAGCACAGCCUUCCCCGGUAGCCCAUUCACCUCAUUCUCCAGGCCAGACCCAGAGCAGUUUCUAGAAUGUUCCACAGACAAGGCCAUUUGGACACCCCUGGCCUGUCACUGGGAAGGCAUCCCCCACUGGGCCGGGACCCUGACUUCUGGAAGUCCUGCCCAAUCCUGCCCAGGCUCUGCGUCAGCUACCAGCCACUUUUGAUCCAGAAGCUUCCUCCAAGGUGGGAGCUGUAUUUUUCCUGAAUGUAAAUUGUUAAAUAAAAUAUUUUGGGCUCUCAA